ACAUAAAUAUAACAUAGUUUAAAGUGAAUUAGUGCGGUCGUCGGUUGGUUGUGUUGUACAAACCAUUUUCAAAAGAGAAUUUUCAUAAUUCCAAAAAAAUAUAUAUAUCCCUGCAAAUAGGAAAAUUACAACAAAAUCGUGUUCGCAGGAGAAAAAACAACAAAAUGGAAAAGAAAACAGAAUUUCGUUAAUGAAAAACAAAUGCCUCGUUGAGAGGGGUUUUCUUAUUUUCUCGUAAAACCGAAUAAAAAUUAACAGCAGCAGAAGUCAAAUAAUUGUGUGUACGUGCGUGCGUGUGUGUUUGUUGGAAAAAAAAGAGGUGGUGACGGUAAAACAAAAACUGGAUUCUUUUCCUACCAGAAAAAAGUGUGUUUUAUGGAAAAUUCACAAAGAAGUCGAGGAAAAUUGUUUGUGAUCUGCCACAAAAGUUGAGUUCAUAAAACAACAACAACAACAAUUGUGACAAACGAAGUAAAAUUGUAAAGAAAAAAAAUAAAAAGAAAAUAUCAAAUAUUCCUCCCAUAAUUUAGACCAUACCAUUUUUGCCAAGCAAAUAAAAACAAGUUGAAGCAGACAAAACGACAACAAAAACAACAAUAAGAAAGAAACAAAAAACAUGACAACCGAAGAGUUGAAAGUGGUUUUACAUCGUAGCAGUGAUCAUUCCGGUUUUGGUUUUUCUUUAUUGGGCACCACCGGGCCCCCACAUGUUAUCUAUGAUAUUGUGGAAAAUUCACCGGCAGCUGAUUGUGGAGUGGUUGAGGCCGGUGAUGUUAUCCUCAAAGUAAACGGCAUCGAUGUGCAUCAAUAUACAACGAAGGAGGUAUUGAAGUGUCUACGGCUCUCGGAAGAUUUGGUAACAUUGGAACUGAAAAGAGAUCCAAAAUUGAAGGCUCGAAUAAAGGAACAGCUGGCCAAUACGAAAAGUCCCCAUUAUAUUGAUAUUGAGACAUCACCCACAAAUAAUUACGAUUAUCAUAACCAGCGUCAAAUAAAGUCAUCACCUCAGCACCACCACUAUCAGCAACAACAACAACAUCACGAAGCUGCCAACAACAGUAGUAGUAGUAAUAAUAGCAAUAACAGUAAAUUUCAAUACGAUGUGACGACAACGCACAAUACAACAACAACAACAAUUGUACAACACCAUCAUCACCAACAACAAACAGCGGCGGCAACAACAUCUAGCCCCAAUCAUUCACCUGCCUCAUCAUCGUCCCGUUACAAAUCCUCAACAGCAGCCACCACAAAUUUACCACGUCAUCAUGCGGCAGCUGCGGCUGCGGCCACCAAUUCUGCCAAUCACAGCCGCAGUUCAUCGGCUUCAUCGAAUAAAAUACAAUUGGAGGGUGGUGGUGGUCCAACAACAGCCACUUCGCCCACAUCGCGCAUACCCUCACGCAUACCCCAGGCCAAGAAAAGUAGCCAAAAGGCCCAGCAAUCUCCCCAACAUAAACGGCCACGGCCAUCCCAGAUACCCAAGGCUGCUGGUGUAAUGGGCACAUCGAUGACUUCUUCCAUAACAUCGACGGCAGGCGGUGAGGCCGUCAACUCAACGAACUUUAAUGGCAAUACCCAAACGACGGCGACAGCAACAGCAACAGGUCCCAAUCAUCCACAUUCCUUGCAACAUUCGAACAGCUAUGCCGGCGGCGGCAAUACAUCGACAAGACUAAAUCGAUCCAAUAACUCUUCAGAGGAUCGUGAUACACCCGAACCCAAUUCAGCACCACCCCAGCCAGCCAAGGCGCCUCGUUUCGAGGCCUACAUGAUGACCGGUGAUUUGAUAUUGAAUCUCUCGCGUACACCCCAGAGCAGCAAUGUCUUGACGGUACAGGCGAAAAAAGUCGACUCACUACGUGAUUCACCCAAUCGUGUGGGCUUGGCAAGGGCCAAUGGGGCCUUGGCUCCCAAGGCAUCGGGUGAAUCCUCACCCACCUCCUCCUCAUCCCAAGAAUCACCCACCCAUGCCAGCCACACCCACUCCACCAACACGGAUUCCAAGAAUUUACAGAACAGAGAAAAAUCCCGUUUCCACAAGAAACAAGCGCUGGCGCAAAAUCUCCAAAACUAUCAGCCGGAUAGUAUGGACACAACCUACAACAAUCGUCAGGAUUCCCUUACCAAUGAUACGCUUUUGCUGUGCGAAGAAUUGGAGAAGGACGAUGAGGAUGGAACACAACCAGAAACGGCCGGUGGCGGCAGGCAGCAACAUCAUCGUCAUCAGCGUUAUGUCCAGCAGCAGAAUAAACACAAACGCCAUCAGCAGCAGCAGCAGCAGACAAAUCGGCAACGCCAAAAAACCUAUGAAUACUAUCAGAAUGAAGAUGACGAUAAUAUGGAUGAGGAUGACAAUCCCGAUGAGGAUGAGGACUAUGAUGAUGGCAAUUAUGCCGGGGAAGAGGAAGACGAUGAGGAGGAUGAUGAUGAGGAGGAGGAUGACGACGAUGAGGAAGAUCAAACCAACUAUGAUAUUACCAAUUUGGAAACCUACAACAGUGGCUUGGGUGGCAUGGGCGGCGGUGGUGGUGGCAACAGUGUCCAUGCCGAUGAUGAGGCUAGUGAUAGACAAUGUCUAAUGCAGGAAGACGACGACGAUGAUGAGGAUGACGAUGAAAAUCUGCCCGAGGAUCCCAACUCUUUGGGCAGUUCAGCGGCGGCCACAACAACAAAACAAAAACUCAAAGCUUUAAAACAAAAGGCUGCCUUGCGCUACAAGCUGCGUUCCGAGGACAAUGUGGAUUCUUCACGGAAUUUGCGUAGUUCAGCAUCUUCAUCAUCAUCUGCCACAAUGGGUGGCGGCGGGGCAAAUGCAGGUGGUGUAGGUGGUGGUGGUGGCGGCGGCGGCAAUAAUACCUCCCAAGAUGAAACCUCAUUCUCAGUGCCCACAUCACCCAUAUCCCUGUCAACGCCCCUGAUCGACAAGGAAACCGCCAAUUCAGUGCCCACCAGUCCGGAACCAUCGAAUAUGGCGGGUGGCACCACCGUUCCGGGUGCCGUGGACACCAGCGGUGUGGUGCGGCGUCAUCAUCAUCACCACCACCAUCACAAUGGCCAGAUUGUGCGCAAAUGUGAUUCGGCCGGUUUUCGCACCAGCAAAUCUGAAGAUCAUCUACAGCAAAUACAACGUGAAGGUAUGGCUGCUGUUAUACCCAUUGAUAUUGAUGAAGAUGUAAAUAGUUCUUUGAAUACACUAUUAGAUACACGGCAAGAUUCGGAAGAUUCUCAGAAUUCGGAUCGUGAUCGUAUCGUAUGGACCUAUAAUGCUCCCCUACAGCCACAUCAAAUAGCAGCUUUGCAGCAGCAGCAGCAACAACAACAACAGCAACAGUAUUCUUCUACAAAUUACAAUAGCAACAAUCAUUCUCAUUCCCAUCACUCACAUUCACACUCCAGUUCGAUGAGUUCAUCGCCACAGCAUUCGGUGGGUAGUCCAGCCUCACCCACAUCGGUGUCCAGUUCGGUGAUGUCGUCGUCGGGCGGUUCAAAGGGUGCCUUUGGUCUAAGCGGUAAUAACAAUGGUCAUAUGCAACAUCAACAACAUGUUGUUGUAACUAACGGCGGUAUGAUACUUAGUGAUCCCAGUGAUUCAGAUUCCACAAUUUUGGUUUCCGAUGCUGCUGUGCAGCGUCAACAACAACAACACGGGCACCAUCAACAACAACAACAACAACACCGGCAACAGCAAAAAUCCUCAGAACACAAGGUUGUCAUUAAGGUGCGUGGCGCCGACAAUGGCAACAAUGUCAAUAACAACAACAAUGGCUCGCCCUCGAGUAGAUCUCAGCAUGCUGGCGCCGCCACAUCAUCGGAUCACGAAGAUGAACUUGCCACCCUAACCGAAGAACCUCAGCACCAGGGCUCCUCCUCCUCCUCCUCGGCUGGCAUUAAUAAUAACUGUGGUGGUGGGGGCGGUGAUGGUCGUGACUCGUCACCACCCGUCUCGGACGAUGGCAGUGAUGUUGAAUCAUUACACUCCUAUCAUUACUCACCCAAGGCUGUUGAUAUGCCAUCGGCCAUACGUUUGGCAAAAAGACUGUACACUCUGGAUGGUUUCAAGAAGAGUGAUGUAUCACGUCAUUUAAGUAAAAACAAUGACUUUAAUCGGGCUGUGGCCGAUGAAUAUCUGAAAUAUUUUAAUUUUGAUAAAAAGACUUUGGAUCAAUCGUUGCGCGAAUUUCUACAACAGUUUGCCUUGUCGGGCGAAACCCAAGAACGUGAACGGGUUUUGGUUCACUUUUCCAAACGUUAUCUGGAUUGCAAUCCGGGAACGUUCAAUUCACAAGAUGCCGUUCACACCUUAACCUGUGCUAUCAUGCUACUCAAUACCGAUUUGCAUGGCCAAAAUAUUGGACGAAAGAUGACAUGCAGUGAAUUCAUUGAAAAUCUAGCUGAACUCAAUGAUGGUGACAAUUUUCCCAAAGAUAUACUCAAGUGUUUAUAUCAGGCCAUUAAAACCCAGCCAUUGGAGUGGGCAUUGGAUGAUGAUGCCAAUGAUUUGGCCAAACAACAGUCUGACAACAAAAAUAGUGUACAAUCUACUGCGCAUUUAGGACAAAAUCCAUUUUUGGAUUUACCCGAAACCACAAAUGCUGUGGAAUACAAAAAGGGCUAUGUUAUGCGGAAGAGCUGUUACGAUGCAAAUUUCAAGAAAACUCCUUUUGGCAAGAGAUCAUGGAAAAUGUUCUAUUGUACCCUCAGAGAUUUAGUAUUAUUUUUGCACAAGGAUGAGCAUGGUUUUCGCAAGAGUCAAAUGUCUGAUAACCUACAUAAUGCCAUACGCAUCCAUCACGCGCUGGCAACCAAAGCAACGGAUUACACGAAAAAACAACAUGUCUUUCGUCUACAAACUGCCGAUCAAGCAGAAUAUCUAUUCCAAACGAGUGAUUCAAAGGAAUUGCAAUCCUGGGUGGAGACUAUAAAUUUUGUAUGUGCCGCCUAUUCAGCGCCUCCUUUAGAAGGAGGCGUGGGUAGUCAAAAACGUUUCCAAAGACCACUGCUACCUAGUUCGCAUACUAAAUUGUUACUGAAAGAACAAUUGGAGUCACAUGAACAGCAAUUAGCAAAAAUUGAAAACACAUUGAUGGAACAUAAAAAGGGUCCCAUACCAACAAAAGGCUUAGCUUUACAAAACUACAAGGAAAAAGAAGCAUUUUUACAAUAUGAGUUACGUCGCUACAAGGCGUAUGUGUCAAUUUUAACAGCUAAGAUCUUAGCUGACCAACAGCAGCAAUUCGAAUUGCAACAAUCGAAUCAAUUAAACGAAGAAGAUUCGGAUAAGUUUUUUAAAAUACAAACUGCAACAGCUCCUAUACGUUUACAACCAAUGACAUCAGCAUCCUCCACACCCAUAACAACAACAGCAGCAGCACCAAAUAGUAUUAAUGCUAAUGAUGAACAGCAGCAGCAGCAGCAGCAACAAGAACAUCAAUCAUCACAACCAUCUGGAAACAGAUUUUAUUGCUGUUUUGCCUGGCUGUCGUGCAUAUUUUCCUAAAAAAAGAAAAAAGUUUUUUUAUUCCAAAUUCUUGCA